CUCGACGCCGUACCUACCCUUCUCGCCUUCCGUUGCGAGUGGGGACGAGACACUGACUGCAGGUCGUGGGCUACUUUUCCAAACGUCACCGCUGACAGUAGGUAGUCGGGACGAGGAGAGGAAGCUGGGUCAAUCCUACGAAGUCGUCAUCACAGAGAAGCUGGACGGAGGAAAUUGCUGCAUCAAGGACGGUGGCGUGGUCUAUGCGCGAACUCAUGCCCAUCCUGCCGAUCACGCAAGUUUCCAUGCGGUAAAGCAACUGCUGCGAGCCACACUGGUCCCUGUUUCAUCGGCCGCAGCUUCGAGCACUGGCGCAGGGAAAAACAAAAGCUGCGAUCCAAGCAUGGCCGCCAGUUGUACUAGGCCGUUGGCCUCGCUGCUGCAGUCCAGCGUUCCGGCGGGGCUCGAACUGUACGGCGAAAACCUUUCCGCCGUCCACAGCAUUCGCUAUGAACCGGAGGUGAAGUUUCCCUUUUACCUCUUUGCCGUCCGUCUGGACGGCCUGUGGCUGAGCUGGGAUCGCGUUGAGCACAUUGCCAAGAAAUUGCGCCUGCCACUAGUGCCUGUGAAGUACAAGGGACCCGCACUGUCCUUGGAAGAGUUGGAGAGACGAAUGGCCACAUGGGCCCAAGAGCCCAGCGGAAUAUUGUUCUGCGAAAAUGAUCAAGACCACGAGGCUGAGGAGAUGCAGCAGACCGGAGAAGGCGGUGCUCAGACGAGACUUACGCGCCCGGAGGGCUUUGUGGUACGGACCGCCGGUACAAUACGAGACUUCUCAGCCAACGUUGCCAAGUACGUUCGCGCGAACCAUUUGCAGACAGCUCCAGACUUUAAGCGUACGUGGCAACGGCAGCGAAUUCGAUUUUCUGACAUGGGUGAGUUUCUAGAGUACGAACGGGACGAUCCGCACAAAGAGACGAGCUCAGUCGAGGCGCUCCCUUCUGCAAGUGGUCCAGGUAGCGAUUCGCUUGCUUGCACUCAAGGCGGGGAGAAAAAAAUGCAGAAUGAGCAAACUGGAAACGCUUCUAGCAACCACCGACACGACGGAGAGGACGCUCGUUCGGGUAAAAAUGCCGGAGAAAAAUCGUCCAUUGCCGCCUGUGCGCCAAGGACCCAGGUUCGCCUCGUUGUUCUUGUGGGACUACCUGGGUCAGGCAAGUCGUCCUUUGUGUCCCGACUCCGUGCCGGAUUUUUGCGAUGCGGGUACGGACCCCCGAUCGUGCUGUCGCAGGACGAGAUCGGGCGCGAGGGGGUGGAGGGCGGCAUUGGUGCGGCGUGGAAAUCCGUGGCGAAUGCUGCAAAGUCUAGUAGCAAGAAGAACGACCCUGCUCUGUUGGUUGUGGACCGCACGAACCUCCUGCAGCGAGACCGACUGCAGCUGCUUGAUCUGUGUUUUCAACCACCCAAAGAGUCCGUCCUUUGUGUGUACUUUCCCGCGGAUGCUGAGACGUGCACGGAACGGGUGCAGCUGCGUAUGGAUCACCCGUCGAUACCCUUUGGACGAGGUCGAAAAGUGGUUGAAAGCUUUAUCCAACGUGGAAUCGAAAGCCCUGACAUGGACGACGGCCUAUAUCACGCGGUUGUCCGUUGCGCUUCUCACGUGGAUGUCGACAUCACGCUACAGAACUAUUUCGGCGUGCUGCCUUUGCCAGAAAAAAUCUCUGCUCGAGGAGGUUUUGCUCAAGAAGAUGAACAAAAACCACACGACGAAACACGUGGCGCCAACGCAUGCGAAGCGUCUGCAGAAGAUUUAGACUGCCUGCGCACCGCUGUGCAAAAGGCAUUACUGCCAGUUGAUAACGCAUGGCCGGCUCGUAAAAUUUACUGGUUCAACGAUGAGCGAGAGGUCUUUUACGUGCACGCGCAGGAAGCCAGAGGAUUUCCGCGAGUUGGGCACGUCGCCGGCCUGAACGCGCGUGUACGAUUCUUUCCCGAGUACGAAUGGUUGGACGAGGAAGCCGCCCAGGCGCGCGCUGCCAUCGCAGGGAAGGAAGUUUUUUGGGCCUGACUAGAGGUGGCAGCUUCCACCUAGGGCAUCACUAGCUGAAACUUCUUCAUGCAAAAUGGAAAAGAGUGUAAAGGAUGAAGAAGGUGGGAGGUGCUUCCUUGCAAAAAAAUUGAGCUUGUUUUUAGUGCGGGCUAACAAGAUGUUAAUGUUUUCUGCAUUGUUUUUGUUCAUCACAUUGGUUUUGGUCCACCGACUGGAAACGAGCGAUCGCUGUUCUCGAUCGCGUGUCCUUCCCCGUUCUACUGCAAUAUACU